AUGGAGAGAGUUAGAACCCCUCUGCGAUCCAAACACCUAGAGGUUGUAGCAGAGCGGGGGAAGGUGGAGGAAGCCCGCCUCAACUUUGAGCGGGAACCAACUGCGAAGAGGCGUGGGGAGCUGAAUGAAGCCAAACAGUGUCUUUUCAGCACAUAUGACACCAUCAAAAGGGAGGAACUGAUGAAGAGAGUGCGGAGGGUGCAGGAAGUGCAAGGUGAACAUCAAUAUCGGGAGGUCUGGAGGGUCAUCAAUGAAAUGACGGGGCGGAAGAGGACCAAAGAGGGACAGGUAGAGGGACACAGCACUAAGGAGAGGGUGACCACCUGGACCAGCCACUUCCUCAGCUGCUGGGCGCAACAGCUGAUGCAGCUGAGGAAGAAGAGGUACCACCAGUCCUUCAAAACCUCAACAUUGAAGAUGGUCCCUUCACACAGAGUGGGAAAAAGUGCUGGUCCAGAUGGCAUACCCCCAGAGGUCCUGAAGAACUGUGAUCUCAACAACAUCAUCCUAGAGUUCUGCAACCUUGCUUUGCUGCACAAUCCUGACAUGUGGUCUCUAUCGAACAUCGUCCGAGUGCCCAAAGCUGGAGACCUCUCAAAGCCAGACAAUUACCAAGGCAUCAGCCUGACAUGCAUCACUGCGAAAGUCUACAACUGCAUGAUACUAAACAGGGUCCAGCACGCAAUCGACCCUCACCUGAGGGAGAAUCAAAACGGUUUCGAGAGGGGCGAACUACUACAGCCCAGAUCCUGGCACUUAGGCGAAUGA